AUGGCAAGCUCAAAUAGUGCGAUGCAGCCUGAUCCACUACAUGUCUUGAACGAUCUCAAGGUUAUGAUUCAGGCGAUUCAAAACGCCCAUGAGGCGAGUACAGCGGGGCUCAGACAAAGUAUCAAUGACUUGGAGGAUCUUCGUACCUUGUUGAGCUCGCACGAGCAGAAGUUUUCCGAGAUAUUGAAAAAUCCCAUCGCGUUGCGGGAGCAGACUAACAAUACUGGAAUGAUUGACUUAAAACCGGAAAACCGACUUGACUCACUCACAAAUCUUGAAAGCCAGUUGGUCAGCGUGAAAGAAAGUGUUUCUAAGCUGUGUAAUGACGUUGAAGUGGCAACCUCGCAGAUUAACGAGCAGGACUUGACCCUAAACAUGUUAGAUGCCAGGUUUGACGCGAUGGAUUACAAGGUGGAUGCGCGCAAAUCAGCCGAGUUAGCCAUGCAAGGCGAGUUGCAACGCAUGGAUCGCUACAACCGGCAGCUGAACGAUGACCAUGUACGACUAAACAAAGAGCUCGGAUUGUUUCAGUCCAACGUCGAGAAUGCACGCCUCCACUGCUCUGAAGAACACAAAAAGUCUACGCAAGGCGAAUUGGAACGCUUGGAUUCCUACAACCGGCAGUUGAGAGAUGAACAGGUGCGACUAAGCAACGAGCUCCAUUCGAUGCAGUCUAAGGUCGAGAAUGCACACCUCCACUGCUUGGAAGAGCUCAAAAAGUCGGAGUAUGUUUUGCAAGCGCAAAUCGAGUCCAAUAGAAACGUUGGUUUUUUCAACUCUAUCCACGCUGCUAUGCAAUCGGUCCUUAUUUAUAUAGUGAUAGCCAACUUAUCCAUCGGUAUCCAUUUUGUUGAGAUCAGGCAACAAUUCUUACCGAGAGAACAUGUCUCAAACAAAUCGAUGUCAGUAAUUAACUCCUCCUGA